AUGGCGUCUACCAUGGCGACAUGGACGCCAAGCUCUCUCCAGCUCAAGAUUGCUUUAAAUCAUGGGAGAUUAAGAGCUGCUCCGGCGAGAGCGAAGAUGACGAAGCUCAGUCGCCGUCUCCGGAUGUCAUGCGUUGCGGAGAAUGCGGAAUCGAGUCGCGAUUCGGGUGUCAUCAACGGGUCGGAUCGUUUUGGUGGGUGGUCUGAUUCGGGAGACGAUGAGAAGACUGCCGAUUCUCGCGGUGGCGAUUGGUUUAAAGGAACGUUGCUACCUAGAGUGACUGGAAUUGUUCUUGUCGCUGGGCUAACUUUUGCGGCUCUGUCUUUCGAGCGAAACGUUUCAAGACGAAAAGUAGAAGUGAUGGUGGUCACCAUGGUUGAUAAAAGUUCAAGCGAUCAUGAGGGAGAUAAUGCAACGGAUCAUGAUAACCAGGAAAGCUAUAUAGAUUCUCCGGAUGACACAAAUGUGGAGUCUACAAGCAAUGAAAAUCACAAGGCGAACAAAGUAUCAGAAAGCCAAGCUGAGAUAUACGCAGAGUUUGAUGGGAUCAAUACACAUACCUCUCAACUCUCAAACGAAGAGCAGAAAAUCCGCAGGUUUACAGGAAUACCUGCUCCUUGCACGGUUCCACAAGCAAAUCCCUUGAAACCUAUCUUUCCAACGGUUGUGGACCCAGUUCAAAGUCAAAUGUUUGCAGCUUUACAAACUUUGAAGGUUAUUGAAUCCGAUGCUCAGCCUUAUGAUUUAUGUACACGCCGUGAGUUCGCUCGUUGGUUGGUUUCUGCAAGCAAUGCUCUAUCGAGGUACUCAGCAUCAAAAGUAUAUCCUGCCAUGUACAUAGAGAAUGUUACUGAACUUGCGUUUGAUGAUAUCACACCGGAAGAUCCUGACUUUCCAUUCAUUCAAGGUUUGGCAGAGGCAGGACUUAUCACAAGCAAACUCUCUAACCACAAUAUUUCUUCUGCUGAGACUCAGAGCAGUCUGUUUACGUUCUCCCCAGAAAGUGCUCUUUCACGCCAGGAUCUUCUGAGCUGGAAGAUGGCUUUGGAAUACAGACAGCUCCCAGAAGCUGAUAGCAAGAAGUUGUAUCAGCUUUCUGGUUUUCUUGAUAUUGAUAAAAUCAACCCAGAAGCAUGGCCUGCCCUUAUAGCUGACUUAUCUGCUGGAGAAAACGGAAUAACAGCACUUACCUUCGGGCGUACCAGAUUGUUUCAGCCAUCUAAAGCAGUUACAAAAGCCCAAGCAGCUGUGUCUCUUGCAAUUGGCGAAGGUUUUGAGCUAGUCAGCGAGGAGCUAGCUCGUAUCGAAGCAGAGGCUAUGGCUGAAAAUGUUGUUUAUGCACAUAACGCGCUGGUUGCUCAGGUCGAGAAGGAAAUUAACACUAGCUUCGAGAAAGAGCUUUUAAGAGAAAAAGAAAUAGUAGACGCAGUUGAGAAAUUGGCUGAAGAAGCAAAGUCGGAGCUGGCAAGACUCAGAGUAGAGAAAGAAGAGGAGACUCUUGCGUUGGAGAGAGAACGCACGUCUGCUGAAAUAGAAAUGGAGGCUCUUGAAAGGUUACGAAAUGAGCUUGAGGAACAGCUUCAAAGCCUUGUGAGUAACAAGACAGAGAUGUCGUACGAGAAGGAGAGGUUUGAUAGACUUGAAAAGCAAGUGGAGGAUGAGAACCAAGAGAUACUCCGGUUGCAAAAUGAGCUUCAACUUGAAAGGAACGCUUUAUCCAUUGCCAGGGAUUGGGCUGAGGAUGAAGCGAGAAGAGCAAGAGAGCAAGCAAAAGUGCUAGAAGAAGCUAGAGGACGUUGGGAGAAGUAUGGCCUUAAAGUAAUUGUUGACAAAGACCUCCAUGAGCAGACAACAACAGAGUCUACUUGGGUGAAGGCGGGAAAGGAGCAUUCCGUCGAAGGAACCAUGGAAAGAGCUGGAAAUCUGAUUGCUAAGCUCAAGAAGAUGGCGAAAGAUGUAGGAGAGAAAUCAAGAGAAGUCAUCUACAUGAUCAUAGAGAAGAUAAGUCUUUUGAUCUCGUCAUUGAAAGAACAAAUCCAUGGAAUAGAAAACAAAGCCAACGACCUGAAAAUGAAAACCAAGUCAAAAGCAGAAGAUUUCGGGAAACAAAGUCGCUUAAGGAUCGAUGAGAUCAGAAGUAUCUCUGUGGUGAAGGUUAAGGAGACUGUGGAAGAAGCUCAACAGGCAGCUGAGAAGAUUAGGGACAGAGUCGGGAAACAUUUCAGGUCUAAGUAG